CGGAUAUCACAACUUGCCCUCUGGCGGAUCCACCCAUUGAGCUUAGCUCUGGUGCGUUGGACCACCUGAUCGACAUCCUACUGUCUAAAGUGAUCACCAGUAAUUCGGUGAUCCACGUGGACCAACCAUUGGAGGUGAGUCAGGGCAUCGAGGUGAGGCAGCUGCGAGUAUACAAUUUGCACACCAUCCGAAGAACAUGCAACAUCAGGCUGACAUCUCAAGACACUGUGGGUUGCCAUCAGCGAGGUUUGUUGCUAGACGUCUGCUUCGGUUUCGAUCAGCUGUAUUUCAACGCCACAGUGAAAACGUGGAUUCCUGGACUGAGAGAUGGGGACUAUCGGGUCAAGGUGAGAUCAAUUUCCGUUCAGAUGCUCAUCGAACUUUUCGCCGACACGGUCUCUCAGCAGUUGGAGUCGAUUCCCGAGUAUAUGCAAAAGUAUGAGUGGUCCAUGGCUCGAGUCGUUGAUCUUGAAACCAAACACUGGUUGAGCUUCACCAUCACACCCAUUCAAAGAGGUGCUGCACGUCGGCUCCUUGCCUGGAUAGUGGGGCGAAUUAUUAAUCUGACGAAACGACCCCUGCUAAAUCGCCUCGACUGGUUAUUACGACGAGCUUUGAACAAUGCACUGAGUACUCUUCACCUGCCUGUACUCUUCGCGCAUCCACAACAAACUGGAUUACGUGGUGAUGUUGUGGUGCAGAAACCCAGAUAUUCUUUGGACAAACGUGUGACACCUGAACCACGAAAAACACUUGCUAUUCCACUUGGUUGAUGCACGAUAUCGCAACGGCUUGGUUUGUAUCUAGUAUGUCCGUGCUACCUUAUGAAUGCUUCCACAAUGUCAUGUACAUAGAAAAGACGUGUGUACACAAGCCGCUGUCCAUUAUUAAGGCAAACCAACUGAAAACUCCACCUGUGUCGCAAGGAAUUGUGUCACUUAUAUCUACCUCCGUCCGAUGAAAGCAAGUGCGAAAAAAACUUGUAUUUCACGGGCACAAAUC